CACCGUCAGUUAGGCCGAGGUUCACCAGCUCCAGUGAGGAGCAAAUCAGAGGUUUUGCCACGUUUAUCAAUCCAACUGUGAUUUUUCCAGUGCUUUGGAAGUUGCAGCUCCUUCGCUAACAGGUUUUAAAGGACUGGCAUUGCUGCUUCUUUCUGGAGCAGCUCUGCAGAGGUUUUUUUUUUUUUCCUCCCUUCUCUUUCAUGCUUUAUUUCCUGACUCUACAGUGGGAUGGGUCGGUUGCAAAAGAGUCUCAUUCCCUUUUUGGGAUUGGUCUUGGCCUUCUGUUUUUAUUCUGCGAGGGAGAAUUUCAAACCCGAGAUGCUGAAAGGGAAGCGAGUGAUUGUCACUGGAGCAAGCACUGGAAUUGGAGAGCAGAUGGCUUAUCACCUGGCACGGAUGGGAUCCCAUAUUUUGGUCACAGCACGGACAGAGGCCAAGCUACAGAAAGUUGUUGAACGGUGCCUUAAGCUGGGGGCAGCCUCUGCGCAGCUUGUGAGCGGCAGCAUGGAGGACAUGGCAUUCGCUGAGCACGUUGUGAAGGAGGCAGAGAAUUUAAUGGGAGGGUUAGACAUGCUGAUUCUUAAUCACAUUGGCAAGUCGUACUUCAGUUAUUUCGAUGGGGAUGUUGGGCACGUACAGAAGCUCCUGCAAAUUAACUUCCUCAGCUAUGUAGCUAUGACAGUCUCUGCUCUGCCUAUGCUGAAGGAGAGCGGGGGAAGCAUUGUAGUAGUUUCAUCCAUGGCAGGUAAAGUUGGGUUUCCAUUUACUGUUCCCUAUUCUGCAACUAAGUUUGCCUUGGAUGGAUUUUUCAGCUCCCUGAGGCAGGAAUUCAGCAUUCAGAGUGUUAAUGUUUCCAUCACACUCUGCGUCCUUGGCUUCAUUAAUACUGAAAGUGCCAUGAAAGCCGCUGCUGAUGUGGUCCUGAUGUCCCCAGCACCCAAAGAAGAGUGUGCGCUGGAAAUCAUCAAGGGGGGAGCUCUCCGGCAACGGGAAGUUUAUUACAAAUAUGCUUCUACCAAAAUACCCCUCCUGAUCCGGGACUGGGCUGCAGAGUUCCUAGAUUAUCUGGUCAGGAAGCGCUACAAUGUGGAGAAUUUGAAGAAAAACUAAACCAUCCUCCAGCACUUUUCCUCUUAUCCUAUGUCUCUAUGCUACUUUAACCAGUGCCAAGGGCUACACAGAGCAUCUCAGCUCAGGCUCCCCUUGUGCCUAGGGAAUGCGAUGCUGGAUCCUCCAGUGUUUUACAGCUCUGCACAGCAACGUGUGAAGAGCUUCCUGCUCCCAGCGUGGGUGGAACGCUGCACCUUCAUCUGCUGGUUUGGAUCCCAGCUUUGCAUUCCCUACUCUCAGUUCUCCUUAACUAGCACUGAUGCUUCUGCAUUUAAAUAGAAAUAAGGGCUAACCACCCCCUCCAACACUGCCUUCCAGGAGCAUUUUUAAAUAAAGAAACUAAGCGCCUGUGGCUCAUCUAACAGUUCCAAUUAUGGGAGAAGAGGUCUUUAAAUUUGCCAGUUUAGGAAGGUUUAUUCUGUCCAAUUGCCUCCUCUGCUGGUAGAUACAAUAUUUGCAGCAGACAGAUUAUUUUACUGAAGAACGGUAUACAUUAGGACAGUCCACAGAUUAGAAAUUUCACUUUGUGUUUUAAAAAGUUUAAUUAUUUUAAGUAAAUCACAUCAUCUCUAAAGGAUCUGGUUGACACAACAUGUGCUGUGGUACAUGACGUGAAGGAGAGGAAUUUCCUGCAGCUGCAACAUCCCAUCUGGUUAGACCCAUUCCCUUCCCCCAAACUAUG